ACCGAGGAGCGCGUCGGGCCGCGGCUCCGGUUGGGUCCCGGCGCUGGCGUCACCCGCGGAGCUCGACAGGCGCGGGACUUUUCCACUCGAGAAACAGCAAAUGAGAUGGGGGUCAGCGGCAGCAGCGACUUUGGGUACCGGUGCUGACCACUGAAUGGUAAGUUAAAGACCUCUAUCAUGUUCUCUGACAGAACCCUCCAUGUACAGAAACUGUUCCACAUGUCUGACAUAUAGAGGCAUUCAAUGUCCAUCUCAUUAAAGAUGCGGCAGCAUAAAGUACAAGGACAAAGAAAUUUGCAUCAGCAUUUAGAUACAAUCAGAAUGUUGUGUGGUGGGAAAAAAUCUUACUUUGCUGCUGCUGUGUGCAUUAUUACUCUAACUUCAAUGGUCACACUUUCUUAUCUUAGGUUACAGAGACUUUCUCACCUGCCAAAAAUAAUUCAAGAAGGUAGCAGAUGCAGAGGGAAAAUUACAAAUAGCACAAUAACAGCGUUAAAAGACAACAGAACUUUUAUUAUAGCCCCAUACUUUGAUGACAGAGAAAGUAAAACCACUCGUGUGAUUGCGAUUGUUCACCACGAAGAUGUAAAAGAACUAUACUGCUGGUUCUGCUGUCAGCCCAAUGGAAAGAUAUAUGUAUCAAAAGCAAAAAUUGAUGUUCACUCAGAUAGAUUUGGAUUCCCUUACGGUGCAGCAGAUAUAGUUUGUCUGGAACCCGAAAACUGUGAUCCAACACAUGUAUCAAUUCAUCAGUCUCCACAUGGAAAUAUUGACCAACUGCCAAGGUUUGAAAUUAAAAACCGCAAGGCUGAGACCUUUUCUGUUGACUUCACCGUAUGCAUCUCUACCAUGUUCGGAAAUUACAACAACGUCCUGCAGUUUAUACAGAGUAUAGAAAUGUACAAGAUUCUUGGGGUACAGAAAGUGGUGAUCUACAAGAACAACUGCAGCCAGCUGAUGGAGAAAGUCUUGAAGUUUUAUAUGGAAGAAGGAACUGUAGAGGUAAUUCCCUGGCCAAUAAACUCACACCUCAAGGUUUCUUCUAAGUGGCACUUUACUAUGGAUGCAAAAGACAUUGGCUACUAUGGACAAAUCACAGCUCUGAAUGACUGUAUAUAUCGUAACAUGCAGAGGAGCAAGUUUGUGGUUCUCAAUGAUGCUGAUGAAAUAAUUCUUCCCCUUAAGCACCCAGACUGGAUAACAAUGAUGAGCAGUCUUCAGGAGCAAAACCCAGGGACUGGCAUUUUUCUCUUUGAGAACCAUAUCUUCCCAGAAACCAUAUCUACUCACAUGUUCAACAUUUCAUCCUGGAACACUGUGCCAGGUGUUAACAUACUACAGCAUGUACACAGGGAGCCAGACAGGAAAGAUGUAAUCAAUCCCAGGAAAAUGAUAAUUGAUCCACGAAAGGUGAUUCAGACUUCAGUCCACUCCGUCCUACGUGCUUAUGGGAACAUUGUGAACGUUCCCAUGGAUGUUGCCCUCAUUUAUCACUGUCGGGUGCCUCUUCAAGGAAACCUUCCCAGAGAAUCCCUCAUCAGGGAUACAACGCUGUGGAGAUACAAUUCAUCAUUAAUUGUGAAUGUUAACAAGGUGCUGCAUCAAACCGUACUGUAAGCUCACAAGCGAAACCUCGGUUGUAAGGAGGGAAGGUGGAGAGCCACCUGUAUCGUGGGGAGGCAGAGGUGUAUAAUUUAAAAUCACUCCCACAUGAAGCUUACAUCUUGGAGAGAUUUAGGAGAACAGCCUUUUUAUGUACUCUACAAAGAUCAAUGCAUUUGGUUUGUGAACAAAAUCAGGGUACCUUGUGAGAGUCCACAGUGGUCUAGUGCCAUUAAGACCUGUGUUUGUCACGUAAAGUCUCUGCUGCAACUGUGUCAGAUGUGAGAGCCGAGGCACAGGGUGAAGGUGACUCUUUCUCAGGCCAGUAACUAUGACAGGGUGUUCUUCAAGGCCUUGGGAAUGGCCAUGCAGAAAUUAGAAAUUUAGUUUUCCUGAUUUUUAACUUUGUCUGUUUUUCUUCACUCACUUUCAAUAUGUUUUAGGUAGUACAGUGAACCUAUAAACUACCUGAAGAAAGAAUUGAUUUUUGGUUAUUUGUAUAUCUGAAGUACUUGAUGGUUAAAAAUAUACAGCUGUGUUUAGUGGUGCCUAUUAAAAGAUGGCCUGGGACAGCAUCCCUGAGAUGAAGAGCUGCAAUGGCAUUAUUACUGUAACUCAUGACAAUUACAGAGGCAGGAUAAGAAAACACAUCAGCUGUUGGCACUGGAACUGCUGCUUGUUAGAGGUAUUUCUUCUUAAGGGAAACAGAAAUUUGUAGCAGAGCUGUAAGUCAUUUAAUGAUACCAAGAAUCAGUGCAGGUGGUAUUACUUUUUCUGGAAAAUAUAAAAUGAGUCUGUUUCCUAUUAAAUCAGUAUUUCUCUAUUGAUUCAUAUAAUGCAAAAGGCUAUAGACAGUUUUCAACCUAUGUACAAAAAAUACAACUACAGUCCUUGGUAUUAAUGUUGCUUAAUUCUUGCAGUGUGUAUGUCAUUGUUUGGGUGCAAAAUUUGUAUGUGCCAGGUUGAGU